CAGCGAUGAGGACACGCUCGCAGAGCAUUGGCGUAGAUAUUCACCAAACCUUGGAAUUGGAUUCCGAGCAAAAUCUGGUAGUGCUGUGUGAGACACCCAAGAGAAUGCCAUUUCUAAAAAGGGGUCUGGGCGAGAAAGAAGGACGCUCACGCGUUUAGGGUAAUUAUGAUUUGAUUGUGAUUUGUGAAUUCGAUUUAGGGCCUGUUUGGUCAUUAGGACCUUUGGAGUUUAAUGCUGAGGAACGAGACUGGGGUGCCUCGACCGGGCGCAGCGAACACCUUCUUCCUCUUGUCUACUGCCAAACUCUGAUCCCUUCUUGGCUUCCUCGCAGCAACGGGGUUUGCUUCCCUGAGCUUUUUCUGAUUUCUCCUUCCUUUAUUCCCUCUGUCUCUUUCUGAUACAAACUUUAACCAUCCCCUUCACGUGUAAUUGUUCGUUUCACUUUGAUUUCUCAUCCCAAUCUGACCCUUUUCAGCUUUCGUUUCUUUCUACUCCCCACUCCUCCCUUCUGUCUCUCUCUCCAAUUAUCCAUUUCUUCCGGUUUUCUUUCAUCCGCUUUGCGUCCCUCACUUUGUAUUUCACUUGCGCGCUUUCUUUUCUUUCUCCAUUGCGGCGGAAUCUGGCUUUUCCCUUCUCUUUCUUCUGUGGGCGGGUCCGAUUUCGUCACUUUUUUGCCUCCUGCUAUUCUGAGAUCUCAGUCUUGAAACUCGGGUUUCGCUGCUUUUCAGUUCUUCAAGUUCUCCAUUCUACCUCAAUUUUAAGGCAAUGUCGCAAGGCUAUGCUAUUGAGCUUUACUUCGACCCUGCGCUUGAAAAUCAGGUCUUGAAGGCCUGGAAUGUCCUUGCUCGCCGACAAAUCAGUACCCAACUCAUCGAAAUUGAGUCGCGCCCCCACAUCACUCUUUUCUCAAGCCAAUUUAUUGAUCCUAUCAAGCUUGAAUCCAUUAUCAAGAAUUUCGCAGCCAAGCUUGAAACUCUGCCUCUAUCUUUCUCUUCCAUUGGGAGUCUGCCGAAUGACAGUAAUGUCCUUUUCCUUUCACCCACGCCCUCAGUCUCGCUACUUCAGUUCCAAGCGCAAUUGUGUGAUGCGCUGAAGAAAGAAGGCGUCGAGAUAAGCGAGGAAUAUCGCCAGGAUUAUUGGAUUCCUUAUUGUUCGGUUGCGCAGGAAGUGCCAAAAUCUAGGAUGGCUGAGGCAUUCUGUGUCUUGCGAGAUUUAAAAUUGCCAGUCAAUGGGUAUGCUACGGAUAUCGGACUGGUGGAGUUCUCGCCAGUUCGUGAACUCUGCUCAUAUGUGCUUGGCAAUCCAGUAGAAACAUAAGGUUAUAGUAUAAUGUAGAAUUUAGUUUUGUUUCCUAGAGGUGAGAGAAAUGCUAUUAUUAUCGUCUAUUGUUAGCUUCGUUUUUCUCUCUCUUAGUUUGAGAUUCUAUUGUCUUUUGGUUUCAAGAAUGUAUUGGAGGGCUUCAUUCUUCACAAAACUCUGUUGCUAUAACGACUGCCAAGAUGGCUGAAACUCGUAAAUAAUUUCUCGUGUCAAUUUGGAAUUUGCAUAAUAUGAUAGAUGGCGAUUAGUUUA